UUGCAAGAGUUUGAGAAUAUGUCUAUCAGUGAAGUGAGUAGAAAGGUAGGGCUCUCCAAGUCAACAGCUGCUCGUAAACUCAAGCAGUGGAAUCAAAUGACAAGCGAAAUAGCUGAAAAAGGAUUCCCUGAUUCUAUCGCAAUCAAAGUAGGAGAGGGACGAUCAGCAAUACUCAAAGACGAACAUAUUGUAUUUAUCUUUGAGCUGCUGGCUAAUGAGCCAACAUUGACAGUCGAAGCUAUUGCAGACCACCUGUCAAAAGAAUCCAGAGAUAUACAGAUCACCCCCAGAUCAGUGGAGAAUCACAUGAAGAAGAAGUGUCGCCUAACCUACAAGCGUAUCAUUCCUAGAUAUUAUGGCAGAAACACGGAUGAAACUGUUGCCAAAAGACGAGAUGCGGUAGCAUACUUGGUUACCCAGAACAUAGACUUUAUGAAUGAAUAUGUGUUCUUGGAUGAAGCUGGCUUUAACAGGAGCAUGCAUCGCUCAUAUGGACGGCCUAAGGCUGGAGCACCUUGCCAAAUUGAUGUUCAAACGAAGGGAGCAUAUGUCAGCAUCUUGGGUGCUAUUUGUAAAAGUGGUUUAAUCACAUUAUCCAAAAAAAGAAGUUGUACUUACUGCUAG